AUACUGGUGGCGAUGCAGCCAAAUCACAACACUACACACUAUAUUUGUUAGCUCUGUCUCAGUGUCUGGGGUCGAAAGAUUGAUUAUAUCAUCAUAUCACGACAGUUAUCGCACACCUGACUUCCACUCAUCUCUCUUGAUGGCUGCCUUCGUCAAAGCAAAGAUCAAGGCUGCCCGAGAUGCGAUAGGCAAGAAGGAUUUCAGAACUGCUCAAUCGGCUGCCGAAGAGGCCUUGCAUCAUGAGGCAGAUAAUUACAAUGCUCUAGUGUUCUUAGGCUACGCUUCACUCGAGCUGCAAGAAGUGGAUAAGAGUGAACAGGCAUACUUAAAAGCUAGAAAUUCUGGCCCUGAACAAGCGCUAGCUUGGCAGGGACUUGAGAGGGUAUAUACCCGCGCUGAUAUGCCUCAGAAACUCCUCGACGUGUUGAACAAUCUAGUCGACAUAUUCAUGAAAAUUGAAGACGUUUCAAAAUGUGCAGAAACUGUUCAAAAAAUCAUUGAACUCAGAAAGAAAAGUGGGACACGGGCUGAGAUCAUCGGUGCCUUGAGCCUCCUGCUUCCCUCCUCGCCAUUGUAUCCAUUUUUAAGUGCCCUUCCACCACCUGACUAUACACAACCCACAUCCACGACUACGUUCCCGAUUCAAGAUGCAAUUUAUAACUCCCUCCCCCUACUAGAGGAGAUAAUGACCCUGUCCGAGCAAGAAGAAAAGUUAGUUGUAGAUAAAGAAGUCCAGAAGCGGCGCCAGCGCAUCGAUGCUGGAACACCGCAGGAGAUUAGGAAUGCUGUUGUCCUCGAGAUUGCGAAGUCAUCAAAUUUACUUUCCUUGUAUUCCGAGAUAGUGAACCACCCCAACACACCUGACCAAUUGAGACGGUCAACGGAAGGGAAGAUUUUGCGACACAAACUUCAAUUGUUAUAUGCAUUACCGCCGGCCGAUCACGCAAAGACUCAACUGCGACAGGAAAUCGAUGACAUCGUACAGGGAACUGUUCUGAUCGAAGUGCCUGAUCAACUGGCAUGGACUAUUGCAAUUGAAAGCAAAAAUGCUCGCACCGUGGAAAUGUACGACAUCAGUUUAUUGAGGAGCUAUGUUCGGCUAUUUCCUGCGUCACCUCUUUCUAACGUAAUUUCGGGGUGCAUGUAUUGUCUUGGGAUCCCUCUUUUUGGAGAGACUGAAGCAGACGCGGAAGAGGCGAAGAGGUUCCGAGACAUGGAUUACGAAGUAGCAUUUCAGCUUGCAUCGGACGGCCUGGCUGACUGCCAAGACUCGAUUUUGGCAUACCGCCUUAUCACUGCCGUGUACGCUUCGGAGGGUGACUACCCAAGUGUUAUCAAGGUCGCAGAAACUGGAUUGAAGCUUACUUCCAUGGCCGAGCGGCACUCAGGCAGGGAUCUUGCAUGGGUCAAGCACGCUCUUAACUCCUUCAUAGCUACGGCUCUAACACAUCAUUACCCGCCCAAGUACCAUCAAAGAGCGUUGGGGAUUCUCGAACAACUCCUUUCCAUGAGCCCUGACGACGCAAUGUGUCUCCUGGAGCGGGGGUAUAUUCUGCGUCAUGCGGGUCGUUAUGAAGAUGCACGAGAUGCAUUUCUUGCUGCACACGGUAUAUUUGAAGCUGACAAUGCUCAGAUGCCGCGAAUUCUAGAGGCAAGGGAGGAAGCUGCAUGGUGCCUCACGCUCUCUGGGCAAUAUGAUCAAGCUCUUGUUGAAAUCAGCAACGUCAUUUCCAGCUUGGACGACACGGAAAAUACACCUGAACGGAAGGCCCAAGCAUGGUGGCGGCUUGGUCGCACGCUAUGGGACAAGAGAGAUCACAGUUCUAGGAAAGAAUCGUACUCCCAUUUCAUUGCUUCCCUCAAAUAUCACUCAGCCUUUGCGCCUGCGUACACUUCCCUGGGAGUAUGGUACUCUGAGUUUUCGAACCCACCUGAUCUUUCUCGCGCUACAAAAUGCUUCCAAAAAGCUGUUGAACUAGAUUUGCGCGAAGCAGAUGCUGCGCGUCGUCUCGCUGAAGGCUUUGCUGAUGAGAGUGACUGGGAUUUGGUCGAGGUGGUUGCACGGCGGACCAUUGAGGGGGAAGGUGGUGCGGAAGAUCAAAGCGGGAUAAAAGCGUUGGCAACAGGCAAUAUCGCUGCCGCUGCUCGGUACAAACCCCUUCAUGCAUGGGCAUGGAAAGCUGUGGGAGUGGUUGAAAUGAGCCGGGGCAACCAUGAAUCUGCAAUCAUCGCACUCCAGAUCGCGUUAAGGGCCAAUCAGUCUGAUCAUCGAGCCUGGACAAGACUUGGAGAGGCGUACGCCAAAUCGGGUCGUCCUGCUGCUGCAUUGAAGGCUCUUUCUCGUUCCAGAGAGAUCUCUCAGGAUGAUUGGACCGCAGUGUACUUUAUCGGAGAAGUUUACCGCCAGAUGGGCCAGUUUGACUUAGCAAUCGCCACAUUCGAACCACUCCUCGUAGAUAGACCUGACGAAGUUGGUGUCCUUUUGGCCAUGGCAGAAAGUCAUUUCUCCCGUGCCCGGCAGGAAUUUGCUGCUGGCUACCACACACGCUUCGAGGAAUCUCUUGCAAUUUGUAUGGAGUUGUCCAUGAAGCUAGUAAACUUGGCCCCUGGAUUCCGCCGAAUAAUAUGGAAGACAAUCGCGGAUGCCAUUUUCGAAUUGUCCAAAAUCACUCUUUUUGUCAAUCCCACAUUGGUCCUAAGCGCCGUACGUCCGGUCUGCGAGGCACUUCCCGAAAGAAGUGAAAUAGCGGUUAUCGUCGAGUCCUUAUCUGCAACGGAAUUAAGUGGGAAAUUCGGAGAUAAUAGGGACAGAUUAGAAGGGCUAGACUUGCAUUGGCUUGCCAUCGCAUGCUACAGCACCCGAGUUGAGUUGUGCAAAAAUGAUCAAAUGACGGAAGGAAGCGCGCUAUUCGAUCUUUCCAUUGCGAUCCACUCAAUCAUUCCUAAACUGGUGGGACACCAGAGUGAAAAGGCGUUAUCCGAUGCAGCCAAUAGCGCUAUACUGGACGCGCUCAAGCAUUCACCUGGGAAUGAAUGGUACUGGAACGCCUUGGGUAAUAUUAAAUUUCUGCGAGAGCCUAAACUGGCUCAGCAUGCAUAUAUCAAGGCAUUAGAAAUUGACUCUAAAAACCCCACAAUUUGGACCAAUCUGGGCGUGUUUUAUCUCCACCACGGAGAUACAGACUUGGCAAACCAAUCAUUCUAUAAAGCACAAGUUUCAGAUCCAGAUUAUGGACCAGCUUGGAUCGGCCAGGCGAUGGUCGCCACGAUAAACCAGCAUCUUCCAGAAGCAAGAGCGCUUUUUGAACAUGCUCUGACCUUAUCCACACCUACUCCUUGGUCGGGAUAUGAGUAUUCAUACCGCGUUUUCACGGAUCCACAGUUGUCAAAUGUCCCAUAUGAAGUCCAGAAUUCUUUCCUCAUUGCUCCUUACUUUGCCAUGAGACAGCAUUGUGCCAAACAUGGUGACGAUCCAGGGGGGAUGGAGCUCUUUGCGCUUAUUUGCGAGAGACUGCAUCAAUAUGACCUCGCUCUGGAACUGCUCGAACGUAGCAUCAAAUUCCUAGAGGCGGCAUAUGAAAAAACUGAAGACGCUGGGGUUGAAUAUCGGUACGCCGUCGCGAACGUCAACAUUGGGCGAGUACGCUUGGCAAUCGGAGACUACGCUAGUGCCAAAGCGUCCUUCGAAAUAGUUAUCAAUCUUCUUGAAGGAAAUGCGACUGAUAUCCAGGAGUCAUCAAUUUCUCCUUCUAUAGUGUUGGCCCAAGCGCGUUUUGGGUUGGGUCUAUCAUGUCAUAAGUUGGGGGAAUUGGAAAAUGCCCUUGCGGCGUUCGAAGCAGGGCUGGAGGAGACAUCAGUCGAGUUAGCAGAUGUUCGAAGUCAUAUCGCCAUUCUUCUGGCACAAACUUUGUGGGCGAUGCGUAGCGAUGAGACUCGCGAAGCCGGGAAAGACCAAUUGUUGCAGCUCAUUGCAGAUGACCCAAACAACCUCAGGGCUAUCACCUCCUUGGCAGCAAUGGGAAUCGUGUCACACAACAACGAGCUCACUCAUGCAGCACUGACAGAGAUACUUAACGUGUCGGGCGAGCGCCGGCUAGAACUUGAUCCUAGAGGAGAAGUGAACCGCCUGCUCUUCCUUGACCAUUCAAAAGCGGGCCGAGAUUUGCAGGCCGAGAAAAUCCUGAAGGACGUCCUCGAUGCUGACCCAAUGUCACUUGCAGCACGGCUAGAUUUGGUCGAGCACCUGCUAUGUAAACGGCAUGUGGCGGAUGCCUGUGACCUCCUUGCCGAGGAUGUUCAGCCUAUUCCGACACCCUCAGACAGGAAAUUUCGACUGCUGGCGAUACUUCGGACUAUGGAACGGGGGAAUAAUGGACGGGAAUCCCUCAAUGGAUCACCAGUUUCACAAGGAAAACCGAUACGUCUGGCGGAAAGGGCGACACUGUUGGCACCAUGGAAUCGAACUAAUUGGCAUGUGCUUGCUUACGUGCAAUGUGCUAAUCGCUAAGCCCUGUGAUUCGGCUUAAUUUCCGAGAAUGUCAAAUAUGUCAAUCCAUUGGUUUAUUUCCAUGAGACUCAAAGCCACCUGCUAGGUGUGCAGAAUCAUCUCUCAAGGCCAUCCGGUAGUGUAUGAUAAGGCCACCAACGCUGUGCGGAUUUCCG